AAAAAUAUAUAAAGAGAAGUGAUACAAGAAGCUUUUAUAUUUUUAAUCAUACGUGUUUAAGCGUAUUGUUUAUAGUAUUUUAAUCAUAUUAUAUAUAUAUUUAUACCACCACUCUAACCAUGUCCAACAAAUUUGACGCCUUGAAGACAAGCGACGACAGCGGUGAUGACGAUUCGCAGUCCAGAGAUAAUCAGCGAGCUGAAAAAGACACAUUGCCUCCCAUAGAGAUAAGUCCAAACGAGCACAAACUCCAGUACGCGUAUUGCCUCUGGUACAGCAGACGGAACCCUGGGAAACAAACAAAUAUCCAAAGUUAUGACCAGAAUUUAAAGCUAGUUGGAAGGUUUGCUAGUGUAGAACAAUUUUGGGGCCUCUACAGCCACUUAGUCAGACCUUCGGAACUCACUACACACACAGAUUUCCAUUUAUUCAAAGCUGGAAUUAAACCGAUGUGGGAGGACGAAGCUAAUCAAAGAGGAGGAAAGUGGAUUGUGAGGUUAAGAAAAGGUUUAGUUUCGCGCUGCUGGGAAAAUCUUGUGAUGGCAAUGUUAGGUGAGCAAUUUAUGGUUGGCGAGGAAAUAUGUGGCGCAGUCGUAUCAAUACGAUUUCAGGAAGAUAUAAUCUGCGUGUGGAACAAAACUGCAUCGGAUGCUGCAACUACAGCCAGGAUUAGAGAUACGUUGAGGCGUGUGUUAUAUCUUCCCGCCAGUGCCUCUAUGGAAUAUAAGACUCACAACGAUAGCCUCAAGUACCUUAAUAUGAUACCGCAACACCAACAUCACUGACUGACGAUAUCCUAACUUGUCGUUUGUUAAAGAUUAUUGUGCUAUAGUGGGGCGUGAUAUGCAAAAGCCUUGAAAUUAAAACAUUUUCUAAAUGCAUAUAAUUGCGGUUAGUUCUACUAUGUCCACCUGCGACGAUGAUCUCAAGCUACGACUAGAGAAAAGUUCUGGAGUACAAAGAAAAGCAAUUGUAAUAUUUAGCAGUUUUUUCUACAAUCCAUCUAGGUACCCUGUUUCUCCGACAGCUGACUUUUCAUCUGUAAACUGAGCAAUGCCAGCGGCGUAAAACAGUCUGUUGCAAAAAAAUAUUAUGCCAAGAGGUACGAUUAUUACCUAUCAAUUUAUUGAAUCUGUUUAUUGAGUACGCAAUGGGAUUAUAUUUUUAUACGACAAUUUACUUUAAGAUUUACAAUCAAUCGAAUUUUACACAUUUCAAGCAAUCACCACAUCUGUCAAGUGUAAUGUUUUCCACUAUCUGCGAAAAUUUGAGAAAAAAUUCUUUCCAAUUUUUACUACUAAAUUUUCUCACUUAAUAUCCUUCGAUAAUUUUAAUCAUAAUACUCAACAUUCUAAAUCACUUGCUGAUUCGAUUUAGUUAAGAAGGUCCACAUGCUAUGGAGCUUAAGUCAUUGUAGUUAGUAUUCUUUACUGUAUUGUUAAGUACUAUUGAACUGAACUUCCGCGUUAAU